ACUGCCACACUGCAAAAAUGUCAUAAUCAAAACAAAAUGGGCAGAAUUGCGCUUUUAAAUCGUUUAAUGAGCCAGAAAACGACUACCAGAAACUUGUUUCAGUUCGGCAAAGUUAAGGGAGAUACUGGCAAAUAUGAACAAAUCGUGUCCACCGGCCAGGUUUCCCCGGAACGUUUUGUGCCCGAGGAGAUCGAGAAACCGGCGUACUACUUCAAGAAUAUGCCACCGGGCAACACGCUGGGAUCGCCGGAAAUCAAAACCCAGGAUCAGAUUGAUGCCAUGCGUCUGAGCGGCAGACUGGCGGCCAGGAUACUGCGCGAAUGCGGUAAACUAGCAACAGUUGGCAUAACCACCGAUCAGAUUGAUGCCUUUGCGCAUGAAAGAAUUCUCGAGUCCAAAGCGUAUCCGUCGCCGCUGAGAUACGCCGGCUUCCCAAAGUCCAUUUGCACGUCGAUCAACAAUAUCGCCUGUCACGGAAUUCCGGAUGACCGGCAGUUGGCCGACGGGGAUAUUAUAAAUAUUGAUGUCACAGUCUUUUUGAACGGCUACCAUGGCGACUGCUCGAAAACGUUUCGCGUGGGCGACGUGGACGAACGGGGUGGCUUUCUCGUGGAGGCCACUAAAUCCUGUUUGGAUCAGUGCAUUUCGCUGUGCGGCCCCGGUGUGGAAUUCAAUGAGAUUGGAAAGUUCAUAGACAGAUAUUGCGACGAACAUGACUUGGCAUCGAUUGCUGCUUUCAUUGGACAUGGAAUCGGUAGCUAUUUCCACGGCCCGCCGGAGAUACUACACUAUUAUAACGAGAUUCCUGGAAAGAUGCAGCCGGGCAUGACCUUCACCAUUGAACCCAUUCUGUCCCUGGGCGGAGCAGAAAUAGCAGUGCUGCAAGAUGGCUGGACGGCGAUUAGUUUGGAUGGCGCACGCAGCGCCCAGUUCGAGCACACCAUUCUGAUAACCGAGACGGGAACGGAGAUACUUACAAGAGAUCAAUAGAAUUUUAUGUACAUGAUGCAAUUUUUAUUCGUGAUUCCCAUAAAGUGUUGAAUGAGUGCAG